CGCUGUUCAGUACAGAAGAAGAAAGCGAGGGAAAACGAAGAGAAAAGAGUGCAGGAGAAGAAGCUGCUGCGGAAAUGUACGGCGGAAGCGAAUUCGAUGGAGGCGCGGCGGCGUUCAUGGGCGGCGGAUUCAUGCCUUCUCAGGCCACUCAACCUCACGAUUCCUUCGCAUCCUCUUCCGCCUCCAAGAAUCGAGACGCCAAGGUCCUUUUGCCACUUACUGUUAAACAGAUGAGCGAGCUAGCGAAUACUGAUGAGUCCAAUUUCACUGUUGAUGGUGUUGUUGUGAACACUGUUGUUGUGGUGGGGAGGGUGUGUCGGAAGGAAGACAAGCUGAACGAGUUUACUUUUCUCGUCGAUGAUGGCACAGGAGUGAUUGGAUGCUGCAAAUGCACCGGGAAAUCUAUUUACACGCCUUUGAUUUCUUCCACCUACAGAAUCGGAACUUAUGUCCGUGUUCAUGGACACUUGAGAAGCUUGCAGGGCAGAAGAUUCAUCAAUGUCUUCUCUAUUAGGCCAGUUACCGAUUUCAAUGAGGUGGCAAGCCACUUGAUUGAGUGCAUAUACGUCCACUUCUACAAUACCAAGAUGAAGGUAUUGCUCUCUGGGAGCACCAUUGACAAAUUCCAUUCCACCAAGCAGCAACAACUUCUCAAGGGGACUUCAGUCUGCCCCUCUGAAUCAGCCUGCUGCCGCAUUUCAGGGUGGUGAUGGGAUCAAUGACCUGGGAUGCAAGAUACUAGACCUGCUUAAACAGCCUCAAUAUCUGUCUAUUGAAGAGGGAGUGCAUCAAGAGACCAUUGCUCGCCAGCUUAACCUUCCAAUGCAUAUUAUCAGGGAAGGAAUUGACACUCUUAUUGACAACGGCUUCAUGUACUCCUCGAUCGAUGAGUUUCACUUCAAAUCAGCCGUCAACGCUUAGACUUUUCAUGGUUUUGUUCUCUUCUAGACUUGCCAGGAACAUAUGUGUUCUAGGGUUUGUGUUUUUUUCCUAGGGCCGCCAUUGAUCAUCAACCAUGUUCAUAUUUGCUAAACUCAGUUUUCUUGUAGUUCAUUAUACAGAAACCUAACACUCUUCUCUUAAGUCGAAUACCUGGUACGAAUCAACUCUUCGUGUGGAUAGAUCAGAACGAGUUUAUUGAUUAAUUUAUGUCCAUCACGUUUAUUAUGUCAUCCGGCACAUUGAACACUGCUACAUACACAUGUGCUCUUUACAUUUUAUUCAGCUGCACAUUAUUACAUAUGAUUGUGCUUCCAAAUCUUGGUCUCUCUUCUCCACCACGCUCUCUAAACCCUGUUAUAUUCGAUGUUGAUCCGGCCAACAUCAGGAUCGGCGAUCUGAGUGAAGGCUUCCUGGGAUAGAUCGAGGGUGACUUGGCAGCCAGGAGACGGGCAACGAUCGACGACCCUAACUGUCACGCUUCCAGCUUUGCAGUUCCUCGGGUCGGUGCACCUGACGUUGUACAUCCUGCCGCAGGCUGCCCCGUUGUUCCAGAGCGGGUCGCUCACCGCCGCUAUCAUCACUCCUUGGUCUUCCAAUCCAUAGCAAGCCGACGGGACGUAAGUGGUGUAGAAAGUGGCUGUUCCGGCGAUGGCCGAAGCAGGGGAGGGAACAAAGGCGACGACCAGAAGAACCGUCGCUAAAGCUAAACUUUUGAUCAUAACUCCCAUCUUUUGUGACCAGUUCGAUCAUGAAACGUUAUAUCUUGUGGAAAAUUAUGUGCUUCUGGAAUUGGAAAAG